UUUAGAAAGUCACUAGGAUAGGUGAUGAAAAUCGAAUUCUAACCACCUAUGCUAUCCGUCAGUGCAAAAAUUAUUAGCACCAGGCAAAUGAUUAUUACUGUGCAUGGACACAUAACAAAAUUUGGUACGGCAGUAAAGGUUGAGCCAUUAGAUCCAACGUACAAUUUUGGAAAUUUAAAUCACUGAAAGUAUGUCCAUCACAUUUCACACAUGCAUCCAAUUAUACGAGUAGAAUAAUAUAUUACCAUGUCCACAAAUUUUUAUAUGUAGUUGGUUAUACGGUGUGGCUAGUUAUUAUAGGAGUUAUUUUGUUAGUGUUAAAGGGGUUACUUCGUCAUUGUUAUAGGGUUACUCGGUUAGUGUUACAGGGUUACUCAGUUAGUACUACAGGGAUUAUUUGGUCAGUGUUAGAGAUAUUACUCGGUUAGUAUUACAGAGGUUACUUGGUCAAUAAUAUAAGAUUUUACUUUAUUUUUUUAUAAGUGGCCACACGGUGUGGUCAGCCACACACAAGACGGGCUGUACCAUGUUACGUUAAUUUUGCCCAAAUGAUUGGAACCAUAUAUUUAAACAAAUGUAUAGAGUACAUAAUACAUGAAUACAUGGUCUAUCAUUUUCUAUUCUUGAGAGGAGAGAAAAAUCAUGGCGGGAUAUCCUUUACUCCUUAACUUAAAAACCUCAAUGCCGCCAUUAACGGUGGUUGCGAGCUCUGUUAAGGAGAGAGAAUGUACUGGUAGUGAUAAAGUUCGGAAUUCUAGGGUGUUGGUUUUGGGUGGUACUGGUAUUGUUGGUGGUUCUACCGCCCUUGCUCUUUCUAAGCUAUCUCCUGAACUUCGUAUUGUUGUUGGUGGUCGAAAUCGGGAGAAAGGAGCAGCAAUGGUGAGAAAUCUUGGGGUGGAGUAUGUUGAGGUUGAUAUAAAUCAUGCAGAAAUAUUAGAGGAUGCUUUACAAGAUGUAGAUCUUGUAGUUCACACUGCAGGGCCUUUCCAGCAGACAGAAAAAUGCUCAGUACUCGAAGCUGCUAUUCGUACCAAGACAGCAUAUAUUGAUGUUUGUGAUGAUACAAAUUAUGCAUCUCGUGCCAAAUCGUUUUGUGAAGAUGCAAUUGUUGCUAAUGUUCCAGCUAUCACAACUGCUGGGAUUUGCCCUGGAGUUAGCAAUGUGAUGGCUGCAGAACUUGUUCGUGCUGCAAGAGAUGAAGGCAGGGGUGAACCUGAAAAGCUCAGAUUCUCUUACUACACAGCAGGUGCUGGAGGUGCUGGUCCAACAGUGUUGUCGACAAGCUUUUUACUUCUCGGAGAAGAGGUUAUUGCCUACAACAAAGGUGAAAAGGUCAAACUAAAGCCUUAUAGUGGGGUGCUUAAUGUUGAUUUUGGAAAAGGGAUCAACAAGAGGGAUGUUUAUUUGCUACAUCUGCCAGAAGUAAGAAGUGCUCAUGAAGUGCUGGGGGUACCGACUGUCUGUGCUAGAUUAGGGACUGCACCCUUCUUUUGGUACUGGGGAAUGUCCAUAAUGACAGAUCUUCUACCACCGGAUUAUCUAAGGGACAGAACAAAGAUUGAGAAAUUGGUUGAGUUGUGUAACCCUACAGUUCGUGCAGUUGAUGGUGUUGUAGGGGAGCAUAUCUCAAUGAGGGUUGAUUUGGAAUGUUCGAAAGGGCACAGUACAGUCGGCGUAUUUACUCAUGAGAGCUUGUCAGUGUCGGUUGGAAAAUCUGUUGCUGCAUUUGUCCUAGCAGUGUUAGAGGGUAAUACGCAGCCUGGCGUAUGGUUUCCAGAAGAGCCUGAAGGAAUUGCAGUAGAGGCAAGGAAUGUUUUAUUGGAGCGCGCUGCCCAAGGAACAAUCAAUUUUAUGAUGAACAAGCCUCCUUGCAUGGUGGAGAGACAAACCCAAGUACCCAACAAACCCUGGCUUAGGCAUUUACGUUCGAGGACUGUUGAACUGAACUGUAAUGACUGAUUUGAGCGAUUAAUACAAGAAUAAAGUGCCGCUGCCAUAAA